AUGGCCUUUUACAGGAAUUUAAUAAAAUAUUAUGUCUUACAAAAGUGCCCUAAACAUUCUACACUUAUAAGAUUCCCUCUGCAUCAGCCUUUGCUCUUUAAUUCCAACAUUUACAGAAAAAACUUUAAUACAAGCUCCAAUUAUUAUGUUAAAAUGUUCAUGGAAAAGGAAAAUAAAUAUGCUUAUGAGAUAAUGGAAAAUUGUGGAUAUGCUACCCAACUUAAAAACGUUUUAUCAUUGAACUCUAUCUUAACACCAAAUGAUGAUUUUGAUAACUUGAUAAAUAAAGAUUGGUCUAAGGAGUCUACUUCAGAAAUAUUUAGAGUAUUUCCUUUAAUUGCAUUAUACUGCUCUAAAAAUAAUAUAUGUAUCUCUAAUGCAAUCUUUGACAAUUAUAUUGAUUCUUUAACAGAUAAUAUUGAAAAAAGCACAACUGAAGAAUUAAAAUCACAUUUUUUUACUCUAUCUGAAUUUCCAGAGACAGCAUCAAUAAGAACAAGAAAUUAUGUGGAAAUAUGGGCAGCUUUAGAUGACGCCUGUAUGAAUAGAUUUAGAGAUUGGUCUUAUGAUGAAAUUCUCUCUUUCUGUGCAUUGUUUUAUAAGCUUAGUGCAACUAAAGCAUCAGAUUUUUGUUAUAAAGGUAUUCAAAAAUUAACAUACAGAGCAAGCAAAUUGAAUAAGUCACAACUAGUACAAACAUUUUUCUUUAUAUCUGCAAUGAGGUUUUCACCUCAUGAUAUGCAUGGUAUGGAACUUGCCGUAGAAAAAUAUUUUGAUGAAAUGAGCAUAGACGAGUUAGCCAUAGUGUCUAUGGGAUUCUUCAAGAGUAAAGUUCCUGUUAGAAGCAUGUCUUUAAUAUCAAAAAUAAUUGAUAGAAUUUGUGAAAAUGCAAAUACAAUUAACGAAGUGACACUUGCUGCUUUACUUAAGGUUAUUCGGCUUUCACGAAAGUUCCCUAUUGACAAUAAAAUAUGCAUAUUUCUGGACACGUUGCAGUCUCAAGUACCACGUCUCUCAAUUAUGUGUAAUGUUCACAUAGCCUUGCUUGCAAGCAGUACUCUAACAAAACAUGAAAGCUGUCUUUUUAACAUUGCUAAUACUGUUUUAUCAAACAUGUCACGAACACGUAUAAAAGAUAUGGAACGGUUGGUGCUUACCUUUGGAACUCUUAACGUGAUACCUGAUACUAAGGAAAAUUUUAUAGAAAGAGUAAUUGAAGAAUUAAGAAAAUCAGACCGAGAAACUGAGAUAAAAACUCAUGGUCGAUCAUUUGCAUGUUGUGUAGCAUAUCUGGGCCUAUUGGGAUAUUAUCCUAUUGACCUUAUGGAAAAAGUAUUCAAUAAAGAAUUUCUUGAAAACACCUAUGGAAAAUACUGCCUAGCAUAUGGUCGAGAAAUAUUAACUAUUCAUAACUUAGUAAAAAUAUUUCACAAAGAAAAGUGUUUGGAAGUUCUCACAGAAAAAGAAGCUGUAAUAUUAGCUAAAAGAUAUACUGAUUAUAUUCCAGAUAUAAAUUUUCAUAAACAGUAUAAUGUUACUGAAAAAAUGUUUUUAGAUUUAAGAAAUAUUGUAGAAACUACCAGAGGGGGACCAGAGUAUGUUACCGGACAACAUAUUCUUACUCAUCAUCAACGAGGAGAUAUAAUAAUCUGUGAUUCUCAAAAUGACAAUCCUGUUGAAGUUAAAGAUGUAUUUAAAUUUGGCAAGCUUAUUCCCGCUCCUAAUGAUAGCAAUAUAUGGAUAGUAUUGGUAAUAGCUGGACGAAAUGUAAUGCUUCAUAACUCUGAUGAGCCAUGUGGUCAUUUAUUAUCAAAAAUUCGGGAGCUUAACGCUAUGGGAUACAAAUCUGCACCAGUGAUCUGGAAUAUUUAUUCAAAACUUAACACUUUUGAAGAAAAAGAAGAAUAUAUAAAUAAUAUCAUUACUGAAGCCAAAUCUAGGUAA